ACCAUCAAGUUGAUUACUGGGAGUUGGUAAUUCCCCAACUUGACUACAUUUCCACAAUUUAAAUAGUUGUGUUCCUCCCUUUCUUUUUCUCCACUCAAUCUCUCGAUUUUUCUUCUUCGAAUCUCCAAUCGAGUCUCUACUUUCUCAACGUUAGGCAUCUCAGAAGUAUCAGACAAAUGCAGAAAGCAGUGGUGAAACCGGAUGUACAUGACAACAAAACCAAACAAAAGGCCUUAAAAUCUGUUUCCGGCCUUGAUGGAGUUAAUUCAGUAUCGAUAGACAUGGAAGCGAAGAUAACAGUAAUCGGAGAUGUUGAUCCAGUAAUGUUAGUUUGCAAACUAAGAAAAGUUUGUUUUGCAGACAUAGUGUCUGUUGGUCCUAACAAAGAACCUGAGAAGAAAAAGGUUCCGUGCGAGACAAAUAUAGCAGACAUCAUUUGUGCUUUAAGCAAGGCUAACUAUGAUCCUUGUCAUGCAAGUGGUUAUUAUGUUGAAAACAACCCUAAUUCUUGUGUUAUUUCUUGAUAUAAAUCUCAUUUGGAGAUGAAUAACAAUUGUUAUAUGUGUCUGCAACAAAUGAAAUUGUGCUCACUUAAGAGAACCCUUUUUGUAAGGUUCCACUGAAAUGAAAUUGUGUUAUAUUUUGAUA